CCCCCCCCACCCCCACCCCUCAUUCAUCUGCUUCAUUGGUUAUUUUUCUAGUCAAAGAAAAAAACAUGGAUAUAUCUGAUGAGAAUCAGUUCACUAGGAAAUCACUGGUUGGUGAGGCAGGAAUGGGAAACAGCAAGAUUGGAGUGGAGACAAGACACAACAGAAGAGCACUGAGAGUGAUUAAUCAGAAUUUAUUAGGACCUAAUCCAUAUCGUUGUGUUGUUAACAAGAGAAGAUUAUCACAUGCAAAUGGAAUCAUCUACGACAAGAAUCCUACGAGGAAAUUGACUGCACAAAUUGCUAGCUCACACCAGCAUUACCCCGAGGAAACCAAGAAACCAAAACUAGCAGCGGAAGAUUUUAGGAUUUGGGAAGAACAUGUGGCAGCUAAAGACCAACCCAUGUCUAUGUCUUUGGAACAAGAAGCAACAUUUUCAAAUGACAAGACAGAAAUGGAGGUUGAAAUGGAGGAUAUAUUUGAGGAGGCACUAAUAGAUAUUGACAGUGAUGACACUAACAAUCCGCUUGCAGUUGUUGACUAUGUGGAAGAUCUAUAUGCCAACUACAGAAAAAUGGAGGGUUAUAGCUGUGUUUCACCAAACUAUAUGACACAACAGUUUGACAUCAAUGAAAGGAUGAGAGCUACAUUAGUAGACUGGCUCAUUGAGGUAAAUCACAAGUUUGAGCUCAGGGAAGAGACGUUAUUCUUGACUGUUAAUUCGAUAGACAGAUUUUUGGAGAAGCAAAUAGUUGCAAGAAAGAAGUUGCAGCUUGUUGGGCUGGUUGCUAUGCUAUUAGCAUGCAAAUAUGAAGAGGUCUCUGUCCCUGUGGUGGAUGAUUUGGUGAUUAUUUCGGACAACGCCUAUACAAGGAAAGAGGUUCUUGAAAUGGAAACAUUAAUGCUCGAUACACUGCAGUUUAAUAUGUCAGUUCCAACUGCAUAUGUUUUUAUGAGAAGAUUUCUCAAGGCUGCUCAAGCUGAUAGGAAGCUUGAGGUCCUGUCUUUCUUCUUAAUCGAGCUUUGCCUCGUGGAAUAUGAAAUGCUUAAGUUUCCACCAUCUUUCAUGGCUGCUGCUGCAAUUUAUACAGCUCAGUGCACGCUAUAUGGUGUCAUGCAAUGGAGUAAAACAUGUGAAUGGCAUACAAGUUACUCAGAAGAUCAACUUCUGAAAUGCUCGAGAUCUAUCGUGAUCUACCACCAAAAGGCAGCAACAGGGAAACUAACAGGAGUACAUAGGAAGUAUAGCACAUCUAAAUUUGGCUAUGCAGCAAAAUUUGAGCCAGCACUUUUCCUGGUGCAGAUCAAAUAACAGAAGGGGGCAUUGUACAGUAACUAGCUUUACGUGACAUCCGUAAUUUGGUUGCUGCUUCGAUGGAUUUGAGAGUUUGGGGUCGGGGUAAAUAUUUUACAGAUACAACAAUAACUCAGUAACAAAAAAAUUGUAGUACCCUGGGUUGUUUGUCCAUGUUCUGUUCAAUUUUGGAACAUACCUGAUUAUAUUUCAAUCAGGAAAUAAUUCAUAGAAAACCCUCAUUUUUUUUUUUAUUCUCAGGUGUCAUUUGACACUUAAUAUGCUUUGAGUAAAGCAAUAUUCUUCUUCCAGCUAGUAAAAGUUCAUUCUCCACAUGAUUGUGCUCAUUCAAUCAGAAUAAAGAGCUAACUUUAGCUU